AUGGAGGCCACCCCACACCUGCGGAGGAGGAGGGAGCUCAGCCCUGGGAGUGUGGCCGUCCUGCUCCUGCUAGUAUUCUGCAUCUGCUUCCUGGUGGCCUGUGUCCUGUACCUGCACAUCACCCGGGUCCAGGGUCUGCACUGGGCUCUGAGCAUCCCUGCUGACCCUAGGCCGGGGAAGAGGUCUGUGCGAAUGGCUGUGGGGAUGGAGGUGGGCUGCCUGCCGUGGGCCUGGAGCUCCAAGCCCAACAGUUCCCUGGUGGUCCUUUCAUCCGGGGGCCAGCGCACAGCCCUGCCCACCCUGCCCUGCGAGUCUACGCACCAUGCCCUGCUCUGCUGCCUGGUGGGCACCCUCCCGCUAGCCAUAUUUUUUCGGGUGUCUUCCUUGCCAAAAAUGAUCCUGCUGUCCGGGCUCACCACGUCCUACAUCCUCGUACUGGAGCUCAGCGGAUAUACCAGGACUGGGGGUGGUGCCGUCUCCGGGCGCAGCUAUGAGCCAAUUGUGGCCAUCCUGCUCUUCUCCUGUGCGCUGGCCCUGCAUGCCAGGCAGGUGGACAUCAGGCUGAGGCUGGACUACCUCUGGGCCGCACAGGCAAGACCAGCCCUUUCUGCUUUCUGGCGGUGGGGGAUUUGGAGGAGGAAGCAGCCUCCAGCAAGCAUCUGGCGGGGGCUGCUGCAGACACCCACACACCGGAGUGAGAGCCACGCCCUGUGGGAAGACAGUUCAGAAGGUUGUGGGGUGCAUGUGAUGGAGACCUGCCUGAUGGUCAGAGUGCGGCUGUUUCUCGAGGCAUUCAGCGAGAGGAUCAUGUCAUCGUUGUCCUCCAAGAGUCAGGCCCGUGGACACUGGAGCUUCCUCAGUCCCGCAGUACAGAAGGGGGGCUGUGAAGUCAAGGCUGGCCACGGAGGGUCCAGCCGGAAGCCCCCCUUGGUCUCCCUGGUCUUCAGGGGCUGGGUCUGCACAAUCCUCUUUGUCCCUGAAAGGCUGCGUUGUGCCCUGCCAAGAGCACUUCUUGAGCCCUCACAGUGGUCCAUGAAUGGGGCCUUUGUUGUCGGCUUAAUCAGUCUCUGCAGGGUCCUACAGCUAGCAGGUUCUACUUGUCUCAGUGCCCAGAGGGAUGUGGGCUCUAGUGAAGACCAGCGAGAUUCCAGAGGGAACAGGAGCCUUAGGAAGGCAGAGGAGGAGCGAGAGGACAUGGAGAAGGUGAAGCUGGACAACAGGCGCAUCCUCUUCAACCUCCUGCCAGCCCACGUCGCCCAGCACUUCCUCAUGUCCAACCCUCGGAACAUGGACCUCUACUACCAGUCCUACUCCCAGGUGGGCGUCAUGUUUGCCUCCAUCCCCAACUUUAAUGACUUCUAUAUCGAGCUGGACGGCAACAAUAUGGGGGUGGAGUGUCUGCGGCUUCUCAACGAGAUCAUUGCCGACUUUGACGAGCUCAUGGAAAAAGACUUUUACAAGGAUAUAGAGAAGAUCAAGACCAUUGGGAGCACCUACAUGGCCGCUGUGGGGCUAGCGCCUACCUCGGGGACCAAGGCUAAGAAGUCCAUCUCCUCCCACCUGAGCACGCUGGCAGACUUUGCCAUUGAGAUGUUUGACGUUCUGGAUGAAAUCAACUACCAGUCUUACAAUGACUUUGUCCUCCGAGUUGGCAUCAAUGUUGGCCCCGUGGUGGCUGGAGUGAUUGGCGCUCGCAGGCCCCAGUACGACAUCUGGGGAAACACAGUCAACGUGGCCAGUCGGAUGGACAGCACAGGGGUCCAGGGCAGAAUCCAGGUCAGUUCACCCAGAAACCCACAAGGCAUGGGUGCCCAUUCUUCAGGGUUGCAGAGGCAGCUGCGCUGGGGUCCUGUGAACUGUAUCGUUUGCACCCCCACCGACACCGCGCUACUGCCCCCAGCAGUGACUGAGGAAGUCCACCGGCUGCUGAGAAGAUGCCCCUACCACUUUGUGUGCCGAGGCAAAGUCAGUGUCAAGGGCAAAGGCGAGAUGUUGACAUACUUUCUAGAAGGCAGGACUGAUGGAAACGGCUCCCAAAUCAGGUCCCUGGGCUUGGAUCGGAAAAUGGGUCCAUAUGGGAGAGCUGGCCUUCAGGGCAGACGUCCCCCGGUCAGCUGGGAAGGAGGCUUAGUGGAGCCCACGCGGGCCUCUGGGGUGCACUUGGGGUGGGAAUGCUCCGGGGGCGACACAGGCCACGGUGGCUCCAACCAGGACCAGCCAGACCAGCAGAGCAGGGAGCCAGCGGCCAGGGUGGAGGAGGAGCAUUGUCCAGGCGUGGCCUGUGGCCCGAGGACCAACCACCCAGCAGAUGCAGCACAGCAGUUACUUGAAGGCCUGUUCAGGUUUGGCCAGGUCGGCGUCAACGUCAGGACCUUCAGAGCAUCCACCAGGGUUACAGCAAGAGCUGCUGAGGUGUGGCUGGCAGAGCGACCGAGGAGCUCUGCAAGAGUGUGCUGUGAGACGGUCCUGUCCAGCCUGCCUAGCUGUAACCCUUUCCUGAGGGCCCCGACUUUUCAGAAUAGGAGCAGAGAGAAGCCCAGACUUCCUUCCCUGGAGUGUAGACCCGUGUGUGGGACCUGCUGCAGGCUAAUCCCUGUUCGCACAGGUGGUCCUCAUGUCGCUGCCCACUCACGUUCCUGGUGUUCUGGCAUCAUCUUGUGCCGCUGGGGGCUGAGCUCCUGUGAGGUCCUGGGGCAGAAGGAGGUGCUUACAGGGCCUCUAGCUGCUAUUAGGGCGUCCACAGGACCUUAUGUUUAUGUGGAAUCUCCAGGCUGUCAUCGAGGGCUCCUGAGGGCUCCUGAGCUCAUCCUGAGGACCCAGGGUCCUUCUGAGCCGGCUGUGGGCUGA